AUGACGGAUAUAGUACAACCUUCAUCUAGCACCACUCCAAAUGAUUAUAUACUAAGCUUAUCCCAAUCGCAGAUAGAUCAUGAUCAAAAAAUAGGUAUAAAAGCCAUUAGAUUGUUCCUACAAAGUAAAACUUCAUAUGACGUAUUACCAGUUAGUUAUAGAUUGAUAGUUUUGGAUACAUCAUUGUUAGUCAAAAAAUCGUUAAACAUUUUACUUCAGAACAAUAUAGUUUCAGCUCCCUUAUGGAAUAAUAAGACUUCAAGGUUUGCUGGAUUAUUAACUUCCAGUGAUUUCAUUAAUGUGAUUCAAUAUUAUUUUCAAUUUCCUGAAAAAUUUGAAUUUGUUGAUCAAUUAACUUUGGACGGAUUAAGAGACAUUGAAAAAUCAAUUGGAGUAGAUCAAAUUGAAACAGCAUCAAUUCAUCCUUUUAAAUCAUUAUACGAAGCUUGUGUAAAGAUGUUACAGUCUAAAGCUAGAAGAAUACCAUUAGUUGAUACAAAUGAAAAUGAAGCUCGUGAUAUUGUAGUAAGUGUUUUAACUCAAUAUCGUAUAUUAAAAUUCGUUGCAUUAAAUUGUAAAGAAACCAAAAUGUUAUUAAAAUAUAUUAAAGAUACAGAUUUGAAUAAACAAAAAAAUUUAUCAACCUGUACGAUGAAUACACCAGUGAUAGAAGUGAUUCAUCAAUUAACAUUGAACUCCAUAUCAUCAAUCCCCAUUGUAGAUGAAGAAGGGAAAUUAAUAAAUGUUUAUGAGGCAUUUGAUGUUUUGACCUUAGUUAAAAAUGGAAUGUAUACAGACCUAGAUUUAUCUGUUGGUGAUGCUUUACUAAGAAGAUCAGAAGAUUUUGAAGGUGUCCACACCUGUACUUUGAAUGAUAGAUUAAGUACUAUCAUGGAUACAAUUAGAAAAUCCAGAUUGCAUCGUUUAUUUGUCGUUGAUGAUGAAGGAAAAUUAAUUAAUGUCAUUACCUUGAGUGAUAUAUUGAAUUAUAUAUUGUUUGGUGAAGAUUGA